UAUAAUUUUAUUACUUUCUUUUUAAUAUAACAUGAAUAGCAUGAAGUUCCAAUUUUGCUCGAGUUCACAAUUACCACUUUAAAGGGCUGCAAAAUAAUCACAUUUCAUCCUCUACAGCCCAACUUUACAGAUGAAGGGAGAGGAAUGCUAACUUGCCUAUGCUAACCCGCAGAGCUCCGAAUCCUCCGGAUAGCGCCUCCGCUGUAAUCCACCCAGUGCUUCCCUCCAGGCCCGUCUCCCUCUCGUGCGCGCAGAGGUUUCGGUUUCCUCUUUUACGUAGGCCGCCCCAAUCGUAAAACAAAGUCCGCGAUCCUCUAGCCCGCAAGAGAGCUCCGGGAUUGAGAUCCUGGGCGCGAGGUCCCGCGAGCGGCGGGGCGGCGCUGUCGCAGUCCUCCUCCCUGGCAAGGGCCGCGGCAGGGGGAGGAGGCAGCGCGAGCAGUCCACGCCCUCCUGCCGGGCGCGCUCGACGCGGACGGCGGACGGCUGACCAGCUCCCGGAGCGCGGCGAGCGCAGAGGACCCACAGCUGGGGCGCCACAGCGCGGCCAUCCGGGCGGGGCCGAGGGAGCGCGGCGGGACUCGGCUGGACGGCGCGGCCACGGAGACGGGCGCGGGUACAGCUCUGAUGGGGGAGAACAGUGGCACCAUUUUGGGUAUUCCUGAGCUUCCGAAUGCAACCAUGUCCUUGAAUGUCAUUAAGAUGAAAUCCAGUGACUUCCUGGAGAGGGCAGAACUGGACAGCGGAGGCUUCGGGAAGGUGUCUCUGUGUUUCCACAGAACCCAGGGACUCGUGAUCAUGAAAACCGUGUACAAGGGACCCAACUGCAUCGAGCACAACGAGGUCCUCCUGGAGGAGGCGAAGAUGAUGAACAGACUGAGACACAGCCGGGUGGUAAAGCUCCUGGGCGUCAUCAUAGAGGAAGGGAACUACGCCCUGGUGAUGGAGUACAUGGAGAAGGGCAACCUGAUGCACGUGCUAAAAGCUGAGAUGAGUACCCCGCUUUCUGUAAAAGGAAGGAUAAUUGUGGAAAUCAUUGAAGGAAUGUGCUACUUACAUGGAAAAGGCGUGAUACACAAGGACCUGAAGCCGGAAAAUAUCCUCGUUGAUGAUGACUUCCACAUUAAGAUCGCAGACCUCGGCCUUGCUUCCUUUAAGAUGUGGAGCAAACUGAGUAAAGAAGAGCACAAUGAGCUGAAGGAAGUGGAUGGCGCCUCUAAGAAGAACGGCGGCACCCUCUACUACAUGGCGCCUGAGCACCUGAACGACGUCAACGCAAAGCCCACGGAGAAGUCAGAUGUGUACAGCUUUGCCGUCGUACUUUGGGCGAUAUUUGCAAAUAAGGAGCCAUAUGAAAAUGCUAUCUGUGAGCAGCAACUGAUAAUGUGCAUAAAAUCUGGGAACAGGCCAGAUGUGGACGAUAUCAUUGAGUACUGCCCAAGAGAAAUUAUCAGCCUCAUGAAGCUCUGCUGGGAAGCGAAUCCGGAAGCUCGGCCGACAUUUCCUGGUAUUGAAGAAAAAUUUAGGCCUUUUUAUUUAAGUCAAUUAGAAGAAAAUGUAGAAGAGGAUGUGAAGAGUUUAAAGAAAGAGUAUUCAAACCAAAAUGCAGUUGUGAAGAAAAUGCAGUCUCUCCAACUUGAUUGUGUGGCAGUGCCUCCGAGCAGGUCAAAUUCAGCCACAGAACAGCCUGGUUCACUGCACAGUUCCCAGGGACUUGGGAUGGGUCCUGUGGAGGAGUCCUGGUUUGCCCCCUCCCUGGAGCACCAGCAAGAAGAGAAUGAACCCAGUCUGCAGAGUAAACUCCAAGAGGAAGCCAACUACCAUCUCUAUGGCAGCCGCAUGGACAGGCAGAUGAAACAGCAGUCCAGACAGAAUGUGGCUUACAACAGAGAGGAGGAAAGGAGACGAAGGGUCUCCCAUGACCCUUUUGCACAGCAAAGACCUUAUGAGAAUUUUCAGAAUACAGAGGUAAAAGGCACCGCUUAUUCUAGUGCAACCAGUCAUGGUAAUGCAGUGCACCAGCCCUCAGGGCUUACCAGCCAACCUCAAGUGCCAUAUCGGAACAAUGUAUUAUACAGCUCACAUGGCUUUGGAACAAGACCACUGGAUCCAGGAACAGCAGGUCCCAGAGUUUGGUAUGGGCCACUUCCAGGUCCUAUGUCUAGUCUGUAUAAAAUCCCAGUGCCGGAGACCAACUAUGUAGGAAACACACCCACGAUGCCAUUCACCUCCUUGCCACUAACAGAUGAAUCUAUAAAAUAUGCCAUAUACAAUAGCACUGGCAUUCAGAUUGGAGCCUACAAUUAUAUGGAGGUUGGUGGGACGAGUUCAUCACUACUAGACAGCACAAAUACGAACUUUAAAGAAGAGCCAGCUUCCAAGUACCAAGCUAUCUUUGAUAAUACCACCAGUCUGACCGAUAAACACCUGGACCCAAUCAGGGAAAAUCUGGGAAAGCACUGGAAAAACUGUGCCCGUAAACUGGGCUUCACACAGUCUCAGAUUGAUGAAAUUGACCAUGACUAUGAGCGAGAUGGACUAAAAGAAAAGGUUUACCAGAUGCUCCAAAAGUGGGUGAUGAGGGAAGGCAUUAAGGGAGCCACAGUGGGGAAGCUGGCCCAGGCGCUCCACCAGUGUGCCAGGAUCGACCUUCUGAACUACUUGAUUUACGUCAGCCAGAACUAACCCUGGAUGGGCUAUGGCAGCUGAAGCGGACUCGUCACUCAGUGAAUAACCCCAGAAAGUUGGCUGCCUCGGAGCGUUCAGAACUCUGUCCUCGCUGAUGGAGGUUCUGUGUCUGCAGAAAUACUGUUUCCUGUAUUUCAUAGCCGGGGAAGGGGGAAAGAAGCCUGCAGCAAAGGGGUCUCACUUUGUUGCCCAGGCUGGUCUCAAACUUCUGGACUCGAGUGAUCCUCCUGCCUCGGCCCCUCACAGUGCUGGGAUAUCAGGCAUGAGCCACUGCACCCAGCCAACAAUCCACUCUGAGGAAAGCGUAAGCAGGAAGACCUCUUACUGGCGUAGCACCAAUCAAAAAAUGACUCCUAAUUGGGUUUGGAAAGGGAGAGAAGAGAUGUCUGAGGAAGGUCAUUUUCUUUCAGCUUAUGGCAUUUCCUAGAGUUUUGCUGAAGCAAGAAGAAAAACUCAGAGAACAUAAAAUCAACUUUUAAAAUUGUGUGCUCUCUUCUUCACAUAGGCUCCUGUUAUAAAAAAAGUACAGUAAAAUUCUAA